AUGCGUCUCUUCCACCCGCGCAUGAGCUCGAUGCACAACUCCCCUGUCGUCUCCUCGGCCGCGUCGACCCCGCCGCUCGUCAUGCAGAUCGUCGUCCGGCGAGACCUCCUUGACGCAGAAGGAUGGGGAGUAGGUCCUCUCAUGGCUCAGGUCGCCCAUGCCACCGCCGCUGUCCUCCACGAAACUCGCGACCAUCCAGAUACACAGGUAUACCUUCAAGAUCUUACCAACAUGCGGAAGCUGGACAAUCCUCAUCCUCUCCCGCUAGUCCGUCCUUCAGGUACUUCUUUCAACAACAUCCCUGUGCUAUGCCGUGUUGACGAUCUGCCACGACGGGACCAGACGGCUGAUGAGGGCAGUAUCCAGCGCCUCAGCUCACUCCUCACGGCCAGCGACCCACCCAUCCCGCACCAUCUCUGGAUCGAGCAGCCAGAGAACGUGCCAACCUGCCUCGCUCUUGCGCCCAACCGACGGGACUCAAAAAUCAAGAGGGCUCUGGACAAAGGAGGCUGUCGACUAUGGAAGGGCUAA